AUGAUGCUAUCAAAUGUGCGCAAAGCCUCAGGCCUCAGGCUGUCCUUGUUUCGUCGCCAAAGCUUUGCGUCACUAGCAGGUAUAUUGCGCUCAUCUUCCAACCUCUUAGAUGGACAUUUGGCCGUCAAUUCGGCGCAAUUUCAAGAGUCCCAAGCACACAUGGCCAAUCUAACAAAUGAGUUACGAGAGCGUGUGACAAAGGCACGUCAAGGUGGUGGUAUGGCAGCUCGAACGCGUCAUGAGUCCCGAAACAAAAUGUUUGUGCGUGAUAGAAUCGAUUCGUUACUAGAUCCUGGCUCGCCCUUUCUCGAGCUCUCUCCACUUGCCGCCUACGAUAUGUACGGGGGCGACGUACCCAGCGCCGGGAUCGUCACGGGUAUCGGUCGUAUAAGUGGCGUAGAGUGUAUGAUCCUAGGCAACGACGCAACUGUUAAGGGCGGUACAUACUUUCCUAUGACAGUCAAGAAGCAUUUACGAGCGCAGGAGAUUGCACAAGAAAAUCGUUUACCGUGUGUGUACUUGGUUGAUUCAGGCGGUGCCUAUUUACCGCUCCAAGCCGACAUUUUUCCAGAUCGCGACCACUUUGGGCGGGAAUUUUACAAUCAAGCGAAUAUGUCGGCCAUGGGUAUUCCACAGAUAGCCGUAGUUAUGGGCAGCUGCACAGCUGGAGGCGCCUACGUGCCAGCAAUGUCGGACGAGAGUGUUAUUGUGAGGGGAAAUGGUACUGUAUUUUUAGGUGGUCCGCCUCUUGUGAAGGCUGCCACUGGCGAAGUCAUUACUCCUGAGGAAUUAGGAGGUGCUGAUGUGCAUUGUCGUACAUCUGGUGUGACGGAUCAUUAUGCUAAUAAUGAUGCGCACGCGCUCGAUAUUACGCGACGUAUCAUCAGCAAUCUGAACUACCGGAAAGAGCAAGUUGUUACUCAGACGUCAAAUGUGGAACCCGUAUUUUCCCCGGAAGAGCUUGAUGGUGUGAUUCCUAUCGAUUCACGCAAACCUUUUGAUGUGCGUAAAGUGAUUGCUCGUAUUGUAGAUGGUAGUCGUCUUGACGAAUUCAAAAAGGAGUAUGGAACGACAAUUGUCACUGGAUUUGCACGCUUGUAUGGAAACCCUGUCGGUAUCGUGGCCAACAAUGGUAUUUUAUUCUCGGAUUCGUCUGUGAAAGCGGCACAUUUUAUUGAAUUGUGUUGUCAACGUGGUAUUCCCCUGCUAUUUCUGCAAAAUAUUACGGGCUUUAUGGUCGGCAAAAAGGCUGAACAUGGCGGUAUUGCGAAAGAUGGUGCGAAGAUGGUCAUGGCAGUUGCGAAUGCAAAGGUACCGAAGAUAACGUGCAUCAUUGGCGGUUCUUAUGGUGCUGGUAACUACGGCAUGUGCGGUCGUGCCUUUUCUCCUCGCUUUCUGUACAUGUGGCCAAAUGCUCGUAUAUCGGUCAUGGGUGGGGAACAGGCUGCGGGUGUAUUGGCUCAAGUACAACGUGAAAAUUAUGAACGUCGGAAAGAAACUUGGUCUGCCGAACAAGAGACUGCUUUCAAGCAGCCGAUUUUAGACAAGUAUGAUCAAGAAAGCUCUGCAUACUACUCAACAGCGCGUCUCUGGGAUGACGGCAUUAUCGACCCAAAAGACACUCGCAAAGUGCUUGGACUCAGUCUUAGCGUCGGGCUACAUGAAAUGCCACCGAAAACACAAUUUGGCGUAUUUCGCAUGUGA